CGUCAGUCUGCCAGCUGCCUUCACAUCACUCGCAAACAAAACAAGUAACUCACCAAAAUGAAACUGUUCAUUGUCGCCGCUCUGUUCGUCGCCGCCGCCAUGGCCGCACCCACCACCAUCGAUGGCGAUGCCCAAAUCAUCGUCCAAAAUAACGACAACAUCGGCGUCGGUCCUUACGGCUAUGAGUUCCAAACUUCGAACGGUAUCUCCCAGAGAGAGCAGGGUCAGCUCAAGAACGUGGGCACCGAGAACGAAGCUCUGGAAGUGCAGGGCCAGUUCUCUUAUACCGGUACCGACGGCGUUGUUUACAGCGUCACCUACACCGCCAACGAGCUCGGUUUCCAGGCCCAGGGCGCCCACAUUCCCCAAGCACAAUAAAUAGCUCUUAUAUAAAUUAUUAUCUAGUCCAAAAAUACUCAAAUUCCCGAUUCCUUCCCUAUAGUACUUUAGACAAAUCGUAUAGAGCGAUUCUGUGAUACAAAUAACAUACAAUUAAUGUUAAUAAAGAAGUUACCAUAAUUUA